AUGUCUUAUGUUGAGAUGUUGGUGUUGAUUGCUGUGAGCUCGGCGGCGUCUGAACUGUCCCAAAGCUCGCGGCGGGAGGCGCUGGGGCUGUACCGGGACAUCCUGCGGGCGACGCGGCUGUUCGAGUGGCCCGACGAGCGCGGCGUGCCGUGGCGCGACACGCUGCGCGCCAACGCGCGCCGCGAGUUCGAGGAGGCCCGCGGCGAGCGCGACCCGGAGGUGGUCGCGCGGCUCCUCAUCGGCGGCCGCGACGCCGUCGAGCAGGCCCUGGAGCGCGUCGCCGACGCCUCCCGCCGCAUGGUCCAGGCCGAGGAGGCCAAGCGCCGCGGCGGGGCCUAGAUCCCCCCACCCCCACCCCGACUCGAUGCGCCCCAUACGUCCUCUUCUUCUUCUUCAGCUGCUGCUGCUGCUGCUUAUGUCUCUUAAUUUGGUUGUAAAAGUCACUAUGUACGAAGGUUUGUGUGAUGCUCACACAAAAUGAGUUGCUUAUGAAGCAUUUCUUCCUUGUCAUGCCCAGUUCUAUCUUUGCCAAGAAAUGUGACAGGAAAUCAAUUUCA